UAAUGAAUCAUGCGUAUCUUUUUGUUUUGGGAACGACGAAUUGAAAUUAUUUGGUCGUAAUGGGACCUGCUCAAUUUUGAAUGAUCAUAAGUUUAUUGCUGAAGAAAUUGAAAUAUUCCGUAUUAACAACACACUUAAAGAAGGCCCAACUGUUUUGAAUGCUAAACAAUUCGGUUUAACUUAUCUGUUAUCUAAUUGGCCUUUUACUUAUAACCCAUAA